CUUCCCGGUAAAUUAUGAAUUCGAGAGAGGGAGACUAUAUGCGUGUAAAUUUCGUUAUGAUUUCACGCGAAAUUUUCGUUUGAUUGCCUCUAAACAAGUUUUGUGACCAAGAUAAACUCAUGCCGAAAUACGGCACCAAGACAUACAGCCGUAAUCGCGCCAAAGAAUCAAAACUUUCCAAGGAAUUUGAUGAGAUUCAACAGAGUGAGAAUUCGGAUGCAAACGUUACAUUAGGGCAGAAGACGUUCUCAAGAGGGACGUCCAGGAAGUCUCCGUGGGCUAGAACAAGUAGAAUAAUCGAAAGCAAUGCUGGUCUGAUAAAGGCAGGAAAUAAUGAUUCAUCAAAGACAAGCAAACGGCGAAGAUUAGGCACGAUCGAUGAGAAAGACCCGUAUGCUUUCGACGAAGAUGACGUGACGAUUUCACACUCACAGAAGAGUGCUCUGCAAAGUAACGCUAUCGUACCAGAGAAACAAGCGAUCGCGCCAGAAGUUACUGAUAAAAGUACUGAUGAUGAAGCUUAUAGCAGCUCUCAAGAAUUUAGUGAAAAUUCAUCCCAAGGAGGCGAGAAGAGGGGCACUUAUACUUACAGAAAGAAGCUCAGUUCGGUAAGGUCGUAAACAUAUUUUUAUCUCCAAGGGCUACCAAAAAGGAAAUUUUCCUCACAGUAUCAGUACACUUUUUAGCUGUAGGGGGUAAUCACAAGGGAGAAAAAUAUCAAUUAUAGAAUAUUUGUUGAUCUAACAUCAAAUUCUCAGCCUUUGAAUUUAAAGAAGUGUCAGGCAGACAGUGUGAUCAUAAAGAAUUGAUUUUUAGGUCUUGGGGUUGAAAGGGUGACCGACUCUGUACUACUCAUUUGGCCUGAGUAUUUUCUUUGCCUCAUAUUCAAACAUAAAUAUCACAUAAUGGCAGUCAAUCCUUUUUGUCAUAAUGUAAUUUUUAAUUUUUUUCUGUCUUCUACACAUUUUUUUGUCUAUUUGUUUUGAUAAAUUGGAUUCUAUGGAACUUGAAAACAAGAUCCUAUGUGCAGAAACUGAUAUAAAGUGUUUCUCAGUAGUUUCAAUUUUGAUACUCAAAAAACAGGUGCUUUAUUAAGUGAUUAAUGCUCUUCUUGAUUUCACUUUGCAGUCACCUUUUAAGAGUUUUCUGAAGAAUAAUGACAAGUCUCUCUCACCAAAGAAAGACAAAUUAAGAAGACUCUCAGCCUUGGUAAGAUUUUUUAUUUUUGUUUGGGGAGGAAAGAGUGCAUGAAUAGAACGGGGAUAAGUGAAGGGUUUAGAACUUGUAAGGAGGGUUGUGCCUCUCUCAUAGUGUGACAAGGUUUGAAAAUGAUCCCUUUAUGAAAAGAAGACCAGGCUUUUUCUCAGGCAAAUUUGCCGGAUGAUCACAAAUGGAAAACACUAAGAAAAUUUCUGUGGCCUACAGUACAUUAACAGUUGAGUGUUUUAUGAUAUGAUGUAAAGUUAGGUGUAGGAAGUUUAAUAAUGUUUUUUACAGUCUUAAAGAAUUAAAUAAUUUUAUUUAUUGGCUCCUUUAAGGCUGUUAUCUUUGUUCAAACAGAUUUAGGUGGGUCAGUUCUCAAUUCCCCCUUUUAAAGUCUGAUAACAUUAAGGAAGCGUAAUGAUAUCCAUCUGUGAAAACUAUUUUUGAAGAAAAGGAUAGCUUAGGAUACCCAGAGACUAGAUGGUCCACAAAUGAUUUUACUGCUGUUCUACCAGAGAUAGUAUUAAUGAUAAUAAAUGGUCCAGCCAUGAUGUAGUGAGGUCAAUCUAAAGCAUGGUUUUUUUAAAGCCCACAAGUGCUGAUUUUAGUGAAGAGUCACAGGAUGAAGUACCCUCAGAUGCCCCAAGUCUUGCUCCAGCUGUGUGUCUGCCACAGAAAAAAGAUACUGAUUCUCCAAGUGCAAUCAGAGUUAAAAGAACUGAUAAACCAGUAGGUCUUUGUCUACAAGCAUACUAUGUUUUGUUAACACUCAUCAGCUGGACAGUGAUUUUAUCCAUUAGAUAGUGUUAUCCACCCUAUGAACAACUAGGUCCUACUCAAAUGUAAGUUGAGUGGUCCUGGAAACUUGAUUCAAAAUAAAGGUUUCAUAAAAACUUCAAAGAUUGAGGCUUGAGUCAAUUGUUUUAGAUGUCUGGGGUUGUUCACAUAUCCUAUAUCCUUGCCAAGUUUUGUGAUUUUCAUUCCUGAUUUUUUUAAGUCAUCACCUUUGUCAAAUCUAUUAGAUUUUGAAAUCCUUCAAGGUUUUUGAUGCCCCAAAUUAGUUUGAUAAAUGUUGUCUUCUCUGUUAUAGCUUUUCACAGUAGUGAGGAAUGUCAAACAAGUCCAUGAAUGUCUAGAGUCAGGAGAAGACCAGCAGGUAAGCUUUUCAUUUAACUUUCUCUCAGUUUCUCUGCCCUCAGGUUAAAAAAAAAAACAGCAACAAUGUUAAGUGCCAGAUAUCUUAAAUUGGAUGCAGAGUUGAGAGUUUGAGCUUCCUUUUGCAGCAUUCAUUCUAAGGCUGUGUUUUGCAGCAUAUGUAAUGCAUUCUGCUUCCCUUAUAAAAUUAAGUGAUAUCAUUUUAAUGUAAAAUGAAUACACUUUUGUUUCAGUUUUUUGAUGAUGUAGAGUACCUUCUGGAUGGUCUCAAUGAGACUCGUUCAAUUUCCACCCGCUGUGUCAGUGCUCUGGAUUUUGCAUCACACUGUGCUCAACCCUCUUUCAGAGUGAACCUUCGGGCCCAUGGCAUGGGACCCAAAAUAUUUUCAGCUCUUCAAGAUGCACCUUCAGAUAAGGUAAGGUUUUGUUUCAGUCUUAUAUACAAUUUACUUAGUUAAAUGUAAUACUCACAAUUAUCAAGAUGUUCUUUUCUUUGCUGUACUUUGCUCAGUACUCUUAUUUUAUCAAUCCCUUCUAUACCACUACUGCUCUUAGAGGAAAAGUUGUGAAUUCUUUCCAUCUUGAUUUCUCUGAUUAUUUGCAGUGCUUGGCGCUUUGUACAUCAGCGAUUACCUUGAUGUUAUCUCAGGAUCGUCAAAAUGCUGACUUGGACAGAUCCGUUCUUGGUAAGAAUUUUAUGUUUUUGGGUGUAAAUUCUGACAGUGCAAUUACAAUAGUGUAUGAUACUUGAAUUGAUCCUAAACUUAUUUACUUUCCAGAACUAAUGAUGAAACUCCUAGCUGUGGACAGUAAGAACAAGCAAUCAAAAUCACUGAAGGAUUACAAUAAAUAUGUCUCCAAAGUGCGGUUAGUGCACCUUACAUGAGGAAACAUAACCUUCAUUUGUAAAUAUCGCUUAAAAUAAGCAAUUUUUAGUGAAGUAUCAAAAGCUAUCCUGAGUGACAAUGGGUAUUUUACCUUAUGUUUUAUGAUGACAAUUGAGAUGAACAACUUGAUUUGUGGUGCUCUCUCACUCAGUCAUUAAUGUUAAAACCAACUGCAACUCAUAGCUAGUCACUCAUGCUCUCCUACAAGGAAAAGAAGAGGUGUUGUUGGCUCUUUGUAAUAUAUCCUUUGUUUGUGAGUGGGUAUUACUAUUAAUAAUGAUCAUAGUAACAAGCAGAGUCCAAUUUGGUCAGUAAUCAUAUGAGUGAUUAACAAAAUCGGAUGACCGGGAGUCCUAUUUGUAAAUCACGAGUAUGAUUACAGAAAGAAUUGGAUGAUAUGAAGUCCUGUUACCAAUUAAUCAAAACUAUGACAAAAUUUGAUUAAGAAUCUAGACAUCGGUUAUAUGUAUUCAUAAAAAAAAAGCAUCAGUUAACUCAACAAAAUGCAAGACAAUAGUAUGCACACAUGACGUGUUCUGUCCACUUACACAGGCAUGAUAUGUGAACCGUCCCUUUAACUGUCCUAUUACACUGUCCAAUGGGCCAUUUUACAGUUGUGUACUUAGUUGCCAAGCCUUUGAUUUGGAGUGAGGCUGAAGGUGACCUUGUUGGGAUAGAGACUAGUAUCCAAUUAGCAUGAUAACAAAGUAAUUUGCAUUUGAAAAGCAGCAAGGCUUGUAUCAUAACAAGGUCACCCUUUGCCUCAUUCCUGUUCAAAGGCUUGGCAACCAAGCAUACAACUGUAAAAUGGACUACUGCAAACAUGACACAUACACUGUCCUAUUAAUGCUCAAAUUGGGCUUGUGAGAACCAAUCACAUUCAAGAAUUUUGUUAUAGUUUUGAUUACAUUGGUCAUGGUGCUAUCUAAAGCCUACAUCAAAAUGAACAGUUACAAAUGUAACUCAGUGUGACUUAUCAUGUACUUUCUACUCCUAUAUGAUUGUUAACAAAACAUUUUUAAAGAGCUCUUUCCUUCUUAAGCAUAUUCUUCAAUGAGUCAGGGUCAUCGUGUAUCUGCUGAUAUUCUGGUACAAUUUUGUAUCAAUUGUGUUUUCUUUUAAGGAGGUUGGUCUUACCCCAAACCUCAAAAUCAUUUUCAUCAUAGGACUUUACUUGAAAAGCAAAGUGCCUCUGAGGAACUACUUGAAAUGGGAGAUGAUGACAUAAAUGUAAGUUAUUUGAAUUAAGAUCAUAAAUGUUUUUACCCUUUAACUCCCAAGAUCUGAUUGUUAAUUCUCCCCUCUAGCUGCUACACAUUUCCUCAUAAUUUAAUUUUGAGAAUGUGGUGUUUGAUCAAGAUAACAACUUCUACCUGAUAAGUUUGAGUAUUCUUGUUACCUGUUUGUGGGAUAAUGUAUGGAUAUGAUAGGGAGAAGUUUCAUGUUGAUCACUUCUGGGAGUUAAAGGGUUAAUUAUUAUAGUUUAUUUGAUAUAUAUUAUCUUUUCCUCUAAUGCUGAGCCAAGGUUAUGUUUUCCACAGCCUGCCUCACUCGUGUGUGAAUCUAUGCUCUCCCUGACAUCCCAGAGAAUUGGGGAAUGGUUUAAAGAAGAAAUAAGAGUCCUGCAGGGACUGGAUCAUAUAAUGAACACAGGUUAGAGCAGAUUUACAUAGUUGUAAUUUUUGCACAAUGUUGGCUAUAGAGUCACAAAAAGCAACAGAAGAAAGUCAAAACAAAUUUUUUAAUUGAAAAACAAAGAUGAGUACCAGUUGGAUUCAGAUUCUGCCUAUGGUUACAACAACAAACAAACAAAUCAGUUAUAAGCUCAUUAUGGCAGGAUCCCUUGUCACUAUGUAAGUGGACUUACUGGGUAUUUGAAAAGUUAAUUUACUUUGAAGUAUAUCACACCUUUUUUUCCCUAUAUUUUGAUUAGCAAUUCAAAUUAUUGAUGAGCUUUUAACAAGACAUGUGGAUGGCAAAUUACAUGAGGGAGUGUCAAUAGCAAAGCUCAAAAAGCUAACAAGAUGCAUGAGGCUUCUGGAGAAUGUGAGUUGUCAUGUUUGUUACAGUGUUCUUAUGAUUUUUACUUGAUUAUCCCAUGAUCCAUUAGCUGAUAUUUACCCACCUAAAACCUGUGAUUAGCAAGUUAAGGUCCUAUCUCUUGGGACUGACUAAGAUAUAAUUUUUCCUACUGUAUUAAUAUAUCACGAAACAGAUACAGUAGAUGAUUGGAAUUAACCUUUAACUGCCAUUAGUGACCAAGACAGAAUUUCUCAUUACAAUAUCAAUACAAUAUCAAGCAGACAAGUGAUAAGAAUAAAGAAAAAUAGAAAUUAGGGGAUUAUUAGUUGAUCCAAUACCAAAUUCUUCAAACUAACAUCACAAGAACUUUAUGGCAGACAGUAAGGAGAUUUACUUAUGAGAUCUUGGGAGUUAAAGGGUUAAGGAAAAUAUAAACAAGGAAAUACCAGUAAUAUUUCAUUCAGCACCAAAUACUCAAUUUUUUUUUUUUGAAGGACAUUUUCUUAACCAGAGCAAUUUUAUUUUUCUUAAGUUAAAUUUAUGAUAUUGCCAUUACUUAGAGGGUUAAAAUCAAACUGGUACAUUAAAAAAUUUUAAACCAACCAACUAGAGGAAACUAUAUUUUAAUAGCAUAUGGGAGAUCUUUUUUUUUUCAACUUUGUUUCCUUUUUUAACUUUGAUAAGUUAACAAACUUCCAGUGAUUAUUUUUUCUAAUUUCUACUGCAGGUUACAAUCCAGAAUUUGAAUAAUCAAAAGUACAUGAUUCAGUAUGAAAAAGGGUCAUUUGUGACAAGCCUUGUCAGGUAAAUAAGCAUCAAAGUAUCAAUUCUUCUUCAUAGUAAGUUCACCCCUUAGACCUGAGAACCAAUUUUCCGACUCAUUUAUUGGCUAAUACAAAUAUUGCAACAAAAAGACUUGAGUUAGAGCUGAUGAGGGGCCAUUUUUGUUGUGUUUCAGGACUAGAGAGUCCCCUUUUGCAAAUCAUUGCUCCAUAAAGGACCAUAAACUGUCCAGAAACUGGAAAAAUACUAUAGGGAAAAGGGAGGGGUGAAGCAUCCAUUAUAUCUCAUUAUACUUUUUGUUUUUUGUUGAGCUGUUGAGGGGCCAUUUUUUUUGUGUUCCAGGAAAUGAGAGUUCCCUUUCCAAAUCAUCUCUCCGUAAAGAAUCAUAAACUGUCCAUAAACUGGACAAAAUACUAUGUGGGGGGGGGGGGGGGGGGGGGAGGAGUGAAGCAUUCCAUUCCAUUAUAUCUCAUUAUACUUUUUGGCUGUAGGCCUUUAAGCCAUCAGGUACAGUUAUACUGUUAUGAUUAAUUUUGUCCAAGGGCUCAAUCAUGUUUUGAUUUUUUAUUACAGAUUGUUACAAAUGUGCCUUAACACACUCAACAAUGGUGUCUCAUCAAAGAAAGCUAAGAAAAAACCUGAUGAAGUGUUUCAAGACUGCUUCUUUGGCAUUCUCAAAGUUUUUCUCAAUCUUACCCACAACUUUGGUAAAAUUCUUUGUCAUUAUGAAGUGCACAGUUCUCGUGAUUAUUAAGUGAUCUGGUCCUUGAUUAGGACUCCUAAAUUAACCCUUUAUGUACCCUUACAUCAGUAUGCAAGUUCUCCAUACUGCUCUUUAUACAUUUCCUAUGGUACUUACAAGUAGAAUUUGUCUAUUAGUCAAUAGUGUUUUGAGUUUGUGAUCAUUUCCUUUGUUCUCCUGACCUUAGUGUUAGAUUCAGGGGCGAUAUUGUAAGGAGAGUUUAGGUGCUACUGAUUCAUAGGUGUUAAAAGAAAAGUAACAUUUUUCUUUUCGUUCUCCAGAGAGAGGAUGUUCCUGCAUUGGGCAACAGGAAGGCUUCUUAUCAUCACUUCUUCUGACUGUUUUACAGGUACAAUACGUAGCAGAAGUGUUAGAUGCCAAGGCCUAAUAUUUAGCACCCUGGACAUGGCUUUGAGAAGUGUAGAUUUUUGUGGUGAUUGGAUUGUUGGGUUGUGUUCUUUGGAAAUGCACCAUACAUUCACAAAGCCUCUCUCCAACUAGUAAUUUGAAUGAAUAGCAGGAAAUUGUCAGUCUGACUUCUAAGGGUAAUUCCCCCCCCCCCCUUAGCAUUUGGGAAGAACCCCAAGACAGCUCAUAGAUGCCCGUUGAUACUCCUGGAUAGGGCUAGACAGCAUGUGAAUAAAGUAUUUUGUUAAAGAACACAAAGCAGUAACCUCAGCCGCAGUUUAAACCUACUCAGAUCUUACUAUGCCAGUUCAUGCACACCUAUGCAUUUCAUGUUGAGGAAAUAUAAUGAUUUUCUUCAAAACAGAAAUUCAAUGGCAACCUUUUAAGCAGAAAAAACUAACUGUGCAAUAAUUUUUUCACCUUAUUAGCUGCCCCAGUUUGUUUCAGAGAGCAAGAGAUUUGAUCUUCUUGUACUGGUGAGUGAGUAUGACUUGCAUUUUUCAGUGCUAAAUGUAAACUAGAAAAUUGAGGGUGUUGAUUCCUUUGAGUGGCUAUUAAAAACUCUGUGCAAGUUUCAAGUGCUUCAUUGUAUAUGGAUGGGCUUCAGUGACUUUGCCAAUCACAAGUAAACCAGGAUAAAACUUGCUGCAAGGGAAAAAAUCUCGUAACCCCCCUUUAGAAAUGAAAAUUUUGACAAGUUAGACCAAUUAGGUUGUUAAUUAUCCUUUCAGCCAUUAUCGAAGCCUUUGGUUAACAAUAAUUAGAGAUUAGUAGGAUUUACAAAACCAUACAAUGUGUAAUAGGCCAUUUUACAGUUGUGUACUUAGUUGCCAAACCUUUGAUUUGGAGUGAGGCUGAAGGUGACCUUGUUGUGAUAGAGACCAGAAUCUAGUUAGCAUGAUAACAAAUUAAUUUGCAUUUGAAAAGCAGCAAGGUUUGUAUCAUAACAAGGUCACCCUUAGCCUCACUCCUAUUCAAAGGCUUGGCAACCAAGCACACAACUGUAAAAUGAACUGUUAAAGUUGUGUACAUAAACAUUUUGGAAGAAGGGAUUUUUUUAUCAGAAUUUGGAGUGAUAUUUCAUGCUUUAUGGGUAAUGCAGUAAAUGAUCCAUGUAACAUGCAUUAAUCUUCAAGAGUUAAAAUCAUUGGCUAUUUUCUUCGCUAGAGUUUGGAAUUAUUAAUAAACCUGGUGGAGGACAGUAAGCAGAACAUUGCCUCCCUGGUACAGCUGCGUACCUCCUCCCCCUGCCAUGAUAGUCAAGAUGACAGCCAAGAUGUGACAAAUCAGGGGGGGAAACUAAGCUCAACUGAAGCUCUUGUGCAGCUCUUUCUUAUAAGAGAGGAAGCUGCAAGGAAUACAGAUGACAUGACAUCAGGUUUAUCAACUGAAGGUACAUAAUUUAAUAUAAUGUAUUCUCAGAAAAUGAGCCAGUCAAGGAUGUAAUAGAACAAAUUUAUUUGUUAGUUGCGAGAAAUAUUUCAGUGGGUAAAUGUACAGGUAUGAGCUGGUGUAAGAUAAAAGUUUUUCAUUUGUAGGUGUGACGUUUGGCAUUUGUGCAACAUGCAUACUGGCAGUUAAAAAGAUAUUACAUAAAUAUUGAACUGAAUUUAAGCAGUGGCAGACCCAUCCAUAUUGUCGAGGGUUUCCAGGUUGAGCUGGUACUUAGUGUGUAGUUUCUUAUAAGGAAUGGAAAACCAACAAAUGUAGACAAAAACAUGUGGACUGGGUCAAAAGACCUAACAAACUCCAGUUAUGUGUGACAAUAGGUGUGUAAAUCAAAGGCUACUAACAACAUCAGAAAGCCAGCAUUCUCACCACCUGUGUAAGUUUAUCUCUUUAACCCUUCAACCCUUGAGAGUGACUAACAUCUAAUUUCUCCUCACCAUAUCCCCCCUGAAUCAAACACAAGAAUAAUUGAGAUGAUCACCAAUUUAAGAAGUUCCUGAUUGUUGCACAAAUUCUCCUUGUCAUUACUACAGGAAACUAAGAGAGAUCUUUGAGGAGAAUAAGAAUACUCAUGUUAGAGUGUAAAGGGUUAAGAUUUGGAUGGUAGCUUAACUAGUUUGAGCAGUGAUAUCUUGAUACAAAAUAUUAUGAUGGACCAGUGGAUCGAUGGAGCAAUCAGUCAAUAAAGGGGGGAUUUUCAGGAUUUUAUUGAAAACAAUAUUGUGGUAAUCUGAAGCUGCAAUUGCAAAAUUGAAGAGUAUUAGAAAUGAAUCCUUUUCUAACAAAAAAGCCAGAUAAAGGGUAGCAAAAUCAAAGGUACUUACAUUUGUCCAGCCUUGUCAGGUACAUAGAUUUACAGUCACAAAGAUAACCACUUCUAAUUGAAAAAAGGCCCUUAAAAACACCCUAAACCGUGUGUUACAAAUACCGAAAAAACUGUGUUACAUGUAAAAAUCACAUGAGCUUAAUGGCCAUAGAUUAGAGUCCAAUCUGUCACGAUUUCAGUAAUGCAACAGAAGCGAUAUUAACAAGAAAUAAUUUUAUUUCUUGUCCAGAGGAAAGUAGUCAGGAGUCAUUUAAACCCACAAAGGAUGGCAAGGGAUGGACUUUUGGUGAAGAUAUUGAUGUUUCUGUUGAUGAAGGAGAUAAGAAAUCUAACGAUGCACAAGAAGAGGAAGAGGAAAUUGUACCCCUGGAGGUGCAGCUUGGGAAAGGUGAGGCCAUUUUCUGGGUGGGAUUACAUCCUACACCUAAUAACAGAGUCUAACCAUCUGGUUACCAUAUCUCGUACAGUUUAUUUAUUUAUUUAUUUAUGUUGCUUGUACAGCAUUGCAAAAAGCUGGAAAACACAUGGAAGAUAGUGUUGUGGCUGCAUAUGUUGCCCUUCUACUUGGAUGUAUAGUACAGGAAAAUAAGGUAAGUGUAAUGCGUUACAUUGAAAUUGGUGUCUACACUAUAGACAGGGAUGUUUGAGGAUUCAGAGGUACUUAUGCCAGACCUGGUUGGAUCAUUAUGUUGUAUCCUUGGGCAAAACAUUUACUGUCCAGUGCCUUUCUCCAUCCAGGAGUAUAAAUGGGUACAUGUACCAACAAGCUCCCAGGGGAACAUGAUGAAAUGCUGGGGGACCAUCAUCCCAUCCAUGCAGAGUGUCAAUACUCCUUCUUGUGCCAUGUUAAGGAAACUGUGAUAACACCAGCAAGAUAUGCAACAUGGCUCAACUGCUCCCUAUGACAUUUUUUUUUUACCUUAUUAAUUAAUCCUUUGUUUUAUUUUACAAUAACUUAAUUGUUAAUUUUCUGCUAUCAUUUAUUAGGCAAACCAGUCUUUUGUAAGGAGUCUUUUACCUGAUGGUGAUUUUUCUCUUCUUAUUAAUGUCUUGAGAAAAUUCCUCCGCUUCAUUAAGCUCACGGUAAGCAAGUAACAAGACUUCUCUAAGUGAUAAUGGUUGAUUAUGAAAAUUAUGUGGUUUCUGGAGCUUGCCUCCCCUUUAACCCUUUACAGCCUAACAUCAGUAUAUGCAUAUUCUCCACACUGUUCUUUAUACAUUUUCUGAGGUGCUGACAAGGAGAAUUUGUUCGCCAAUCAAAAGGUUCCUUCCCUGGUGAUCAUUUUCUCUAUUCUCAUGACCGUAAUGUGUGAUUCAGAAGUGAUAUUGUAGGGAGAAAUUAGAUGUGAGUCACUUUUAGGGUUUAAAGGUUAAGAAAAUGUCGCAAUGUUCUGUAGAAAGUCUGUAUUAUAGCAGAGCUUGCAGAGUGUAGUCCCAUAAUUAUACAAAAUAGUAGUAACCCAUCAAGCCGAAAAAAAUUUGGAUGUACAACCGUACAAGGUGCUACCUUUAACAUGCGCGGUAACUGUACCAUGGGCACACCAACGUCACGGCUUUGUCCAGUAGUCCAGUGGUCAGAGCACUGGGCUCUGAGUUGGACAACCCAGGUUCUAGUCCUGGCCAGGGCAAGGCAUUGUGCCCUUGAGAUGUGUGGGGAAAAUAAAUGCAAGCUCCACUUUUAGGCUUGGCUAAAUCUAUAUAUUAUUACAGUUUUACUGCAUUCCAUAGAUGCAUUAGUGUCUCUUGUUUGUGUCAAGAUACAAAGAAUGUUGACAUCUUUAUACUUGUUUCAUCUUAGAGUGACCAGCAUCUAAUUUCUCCAUACAAUAUCACCCCUGGAUCACACAUUAACCCUUUAACCCCCAUGAGUGACCAAGACAGAAUUUCUACUUACAAAUAUCAAUACAGUAUCAAUCUGAUCAGUGAUGAGAAUAAAGAUAAAUAUAAGUUCGAGAAUUUUCUAGUAGAUCCAGAACCCAAUUCUCAGAAGUAGCAUCAUAAGAAUGGUAUGGCAGACAGAAAGAAGAAUUAAAUAUGAGAUCUUGGGCAUGAAAGGGUUGAGGUCAUGAGAAUAACAAAAAAACUAAAGAAGCUCAAGAUUUUAAAACAAAUUCUCCUUGUCAGCACCUUAGGAAAUGUUUGAAGAAUAUGCAUUCUGAUGUUAGGGUGUGAGGAGUUAACGGUACAUGUAUAGUAUAUAUACUAACUUUUUUUUUUUUAUUCUUAUAGAGCGGCACAAGUGGCCAUGGAAUUGAAAAAAUUGUUAAAGUAUUGGAAAGUUGCAAGUGAACCAAACAAGCCAAGUUGUUUUGGGGAACAGUAAUGAUUUACCACAGUAGUCUACUGUUUGUAAAGUGAUGUACAUUUUUUAUUUCUACAUAAUUAUCACCAGAUGAAAAUUAAAUUCAUAUCCAGCACAGCACUUAAUGAGACAAAUUAUCUACAAUCUGGAUCACUGUAUAUAAAUAAGUUAAUUUGUUCCUUUUUGUGCUCACUUGAGACACAUGGGUUGAUGAUGUAAAUUGUGCAUGUCUCACUUGAUUGCAAAGGAUGGCUGUGGAUAGGCUAUCAUAGGAUUAGCAUGUGCACUGUAGAUCAGCUUGCAUUCCAUACCAGUUCUUCCAUAUAUUUCAAUAAAGUUUGCAUUGUCUCAACAUUUCUCUGUCCCUUGGCAAGCAUGUGUGGUAUAGCCAACCAUAUUUUCAGAGUCCAUCUUGUGUUAUUUUUAAUAUUUUCUCUAUUAUGGGUCUCUGCAAGAAAACACUAAUGGUAGUGCUAAUGCUAUGGAGGAAGAAAAAAUGGCAGGAUCUGUGGCUCUGACCAAUCCUUGCCUAACUUUGUGUUGGUACCCUUUAACUUAACUUGUUUCUUUGUUUUUGUUUCGGUCACUGCAUUCCUGGAACAGGUUAGAAUUAGAACAACUUUGGAAAACAGGCCAACUAGGGUCCACCUUGUAAAAGAGAGUUUCGAAGCUAACAACAGUC